AUGACGAAAGACAGCUUCAUUACCCCGUCCACCCACCCAAUUAGGAGCCAGAUGGCGCUUCUGGCCAAUCAAAUCAUGGAUGCAAGGAUUCUCAGCAGCAUGAACGGGAGAGCAGAGCUUUCUCAGUUCUUGAGAGUCACCAAUCAAAGCAUUGUCUCCCAGGGAAAUUCCACCCAGGAUGACAGUCGCAAGAACAGGAAGUAUCCCUGCCCUUUGUGUGGAAAGCGCUUCCGCUUCAACAGCAUCCUUUCCCUUCACAUGCGCACGCACACCGGCGAGAAGCCCUUCAAGUGCCCGUACUGCGACCACAGGGCUGCCCAGAAAGGGAACCUGAAGAUACACCUCCGUACUCACAAGCAAGGCAUUCUGGGUAAAGGCCGUGGGCGAAUUAGGGAGGAGAAUAGAUUGCUUCAUGAGCUUGAGGAAAGGGCGAUAAUAAGGGACAGGCAGACGCGAGCUGGUCAUGUGGGCCAACAGCAAACAUCCAAUAUCAACCUACUGCAAAAGCCCCAACUGCUACAGACUGUCCCAACAAAACCCCCAUUCUUAACCAUCUCUGGUGCUGCAGAGAGCCAGCCGCACACAUCCACAUCUCCUAAAGUGACUCCCAUCCAUGACGAUCCCAUCCAGCCCCAACCCACCGGCUUCCGCUGCUCGUUCUGUAAGGGAAAGUUCAGGAAGCAGCAAGAGCUUGAGCGCCACAUCAGGAUUCUACAUAAACCCUACAAAUGCACCUUGUGCGAGUUUGCGGCCUCACAGGAGGAGGAGCUCAUUGGCCACGUGGAGACAACACACAUAACCGCCGACUCUGGAUCAGGGCAGAAGCCCGCCAUGGGGUCCGGUGACAAGAAGAGGCCCGCUGGCGAAUUCCCCUGCGAGGUGUGUGGCCAGACCUUCAGCCAGGCCUGGUUCCUUAAAGGUCACAUGAGGAAACACAAGGACUCCUUUGAGCACUGCUGUCAGAUCUGCGGUCGUCGUUUCAAAGAACCCUGGUUUCUCAAGAACCACAUGAAGGUCCACCUAAAUAAACUGGCUGCCAAGCGUAAUCUCCCUGCUGAACAUGAGACCUCUGUUAACAUGGAGAACCUGACACAAGACCACCAGAACAACCUCUACUCGCAGUACAUCACCCGCAUCCACAACAGGUUCCUCACGACUGAGAGAGCCGACCAUCAAGAUUAUAACCAGCUGCUUGCCACAGCCGGCGUUGACAUGAAGGUUCGGGAGAUGUUAGGGAGGAUGAUUUCCUCAGGUCCAGGCCCUUUGACGGACGCAGAGAGCUCUUCCUUACUGGGUUUAAGUCAUCUCCACCCUCCACUAGGCUCCACUAGCAUGGACUUUCUGCAGAAGGUCAUGUCUAACAGAGAUGCACUCAACAGCAGCAGCAGCAGCAGCUACCCAGGCUGGCAGAUCAUGACACCAGGGCUGCCUGUUGAACAGCAAAUGUUCGGUCUUAAAGACCAGCAUCAGGGCUCCCCCUACCUGCCUGAGAGAUGUCUCCCUGUAGACGAUGGGAAAGUGUGUCUCGGCGACCCAGACACUAAGGCCAUCAGCAGGCCCGGUAGCCCAGGCAGCGGGAGUCGUCAUGGGCAGAUGGAGAUCAUCACGGAGACGGGGAGCUCCCACUCUGGCAGUGGCCUUGACCAUCGACCACAAUCUUCUUCUCCAGCUACAGGUGAGAAAGUCUACAGGUGUCCACUCUCCAGUGACUACACCGCUGCACAGACUGCCUCCCUUGGCUUCCAUCUGGAUCGCUACCACUUCCCCCACUGGCAAAACAGCAGGGAUCUUUCUUCUCCACUGCAGCCCACCAGCAGCAGCAGCAGCUCCAGCCCCAACCCCAACCCCAAGCUCAGACCCAGAUCCAGGGAAGACUGGAGCCCAGCCCACUAUCUUGGUCUGGAGAGCCACGGAAGUCCCAGUAUGAGCCUUUAG